UUUUUAUCCAUUGAUCGAUAGUAUAAAAAUUGAUUUUUAUAGUACGAAGAAACUUAGAGGUAUAUAUUGUACAUGUUGUUGACGAAUCUUUUUCAACUAUAUAAUCGCAAAAGUAUGUUAUUACUCCGGUAUCCAACAUAUACAGCCAUACUGCAACACUGAGUACAUGCAAAUAAAAAUUUUAGUUGUCAUACGUAUAUCGAAAAAAUAGUGGCAAGGGUAAUUUCGCAUGUGAUCAUGAUAGGCGCCAAACAAUUUUGAUUCGCUAUUGGCUCAGAUCGUUUCAAUCAAGUCCUCAACACAGUCUGACUCACUGAAACUGAUCCGUACAGAAUCGAAUGCUACUAUGCUCAGCCUGUGGGCAGUUCAGUUGGCUACAGUCUGGGCUCCGAUCUUAACAAUAAUACCAAAUUUAAUCCUACAACGAUCAUGUACAGAAGCUUUGCCAUGGCAAGGACGCAGAUCCAACGCUAUCCCUAUCAGCUACAGACUUGACACCUGGUCUCAGUAUAAUAAUCCAGAGGAGGGCUCCGCCCGUGAAGGAGACAUUCAUGAAGACACUCUCUCAAGAAAAACAACUACCACAAACCGCCGUCUGCUUUGGAUUGAUGGAGUGGUCCCCUAUUACGUUGACUCAGCAAUCAGUAAUGAGCCAGCCAAACUGGCGGUUCUGGAGGCUGCUAUGGACACAAUAGAGGCUAGCACGUGCAUUAAAUUCGUUAAAAUACAUCCGAAAAAAGGCAGGUUUCCCAGGUCCAGUUGGGUCAAUAUAACGGGGACCGAAAAAGGCUGCUUUUCAGACCUAGGUCGUGCUGGUAAUGGACCAAGCAUUCUCAACCUUGACGUCAAUCGCUGCUUCAAAACCAGAGGACACGCGUUGCAUGAGUUACUUCACACCCUUGGUGUUUAUCAUGAGCAUAUGAGACCUGACAGAGAUAAAUACAUCAACAUUCUUUGGGAAAACAUCAAAGAGGGUGACGCUUUCAAUUUCCGUGUACUGAACCAUCGGAGCGUUACAACCUAUGACCUGCCAUACGACUAUGAUAGUGUAAUGCAUUAUUCAAUGACUGCCUUUUCUAAGGACAAGAGUAUACCUACUAUUAUACCUAUGAAGGAAAACAUAGAUAUCGGGCAGAGAAAUCACCUAUCCGCUUAUGACAUCAAAAAACUUUUAAUUACAUACAAAUGUCGGAGCUUCAGUCGUAUGCUAGAGUACUCCAAUACGGAUGUGGCACAUAAUGACAGGCUGGAAAUUUUGAACUUAAACUCUUCGGAUUUGCUCUCCACUGCAUCGCGGAAUGCGCAUAGAAGCGAGUACGAUCAACUGGAGGAUGAACCCGAAAAGGAGGUUCCAUAUGAUGUGAUUCAUUCUAUUCAAUCCAAACCCACAUGUUUCUGUAGCCCUCUGCUCUAUGAUUUGAGCAAGCAGAUACGUGGCAAUCCGAUUUAUUUAAUUAAUCACUACUACUCUCUGCAAUAAUAAAUUAAACGACAUAAAUCAGGAGGUUUCAUUCCUGGGUCUUUGACACAGAA